GGUGAAGAGAAAGCAAAGAAGAUUCAAGAGCAGAGAGAGCGAGAGAGGGGGAGAGAGAAGGCACCUGCUCGUGUUCGUCUGCCUCCGCCGCCGUCCCCCGUUAAAUCUCCGGCGCAUUAAAUUUUUUGGUGUGCAGAGAAAGGGGGAGAGGAGAAAGAUUUUUGCUUGCCCAGGUAUUGAGAGGAAACGAAAGAUAGAGAUUCCCAUACCCAAGACCCCAGUUUCUUUCUGGUUACGUUCUGAGACAGAGGGAGAGGAUGGGUCUUCAGGAUCUUCCCUGUGACAGCGAUGGGGUGUGCAUGGUGUGCAAGGUGAAGCCCGACGACACCGAGACUCUCCUCUGCUCCACCUGCGCAACCCCUUGGCACGGCCCCUGCCUCGCCUCCCCUCCCGCCUCCCUUUCCUCCGUCAUCAACUGGCAGUGUCCCGACUGUUCCCCUCCGGCCGCCAACAAUGGCUGCCCGCUACCGUCGGUUUGCGUGGUCGCUGGGAAUGGUGAGUCGAAUGGCCUGCUCGCUGCCAUCCGCGCCAUCCAGGCCGACGAGUCGCUUUCUGAAACUGAAAAGGCGAAAAAGAGGCAGGAGCUAAUGACGAGGAACGCGAAGAAAGGGGACGAGGAGGAGAAGGGGAAGAAGCAGGGGAAGGGAGAGAGCGAAGAUGAGCGGGUGGACGGCGUCGAGGAGGAUAUCAACUGCGCCUUCUGCCUGCAGCUGCCUGAGCGCCCUGUCACAACACCGUGCGGCCAUAACUUCUGCUUAAGAUGCUUUCAGAAAUGGGUAGGCCAGGGGAAGAGGACAUGCGCAAAAUGCCGGGGUUCCAUUCCUGCGAGAAUGGUCGAACAGCCAAGGAUAAAUGCUGCAUUGGUCGCAGUAAUCAGAAUGUCGAGGAAGCCAAGAUCAGCCUCAGAUAAUGGUGUCGCUAAGGCGUAUAACUAUUCAAUCCACAACAAAGAUCGGCCUGACAAAGCCUUCACCACAGAAAGGGCGAAAAAGCCUGGAAAGUCCAACGCAUGCAGUGGAAAGAUCUUCGUAACUGUCCCCCCUGAUCACUUUGGUCCCAUCGCGGCAGAGAAUGACCCGAUAAGGAAUCAGGGGGUUCUCGUUGGUGAAUGUUGGGAAGAUCGGAUGGAGUGCAGGCAAUGGGGAACCCAUCUGCCCCAUGUUGCUGGGAUUGCUGGACAGUCAGAUUACGGUGCACAGUCGGUUGCCCUCUCUGGUGGAUACCAGGAUGAUGAGGAUCAUGGCGAGUGGUUCCUCUAUACAGGGAGUGGGGGUAGAGACUUGAGCGGGAAUAAGAGGACAAACAAGGAACAAUCAUUUGACCAGAAAUUUGAGAAAAUGAAUGAGGCACUGCGUGUAAGUUGCAAAAAGGGCUAUCCAGUUCGUGUUGUGAGGUCACACAAAGAGAAGCGUUCUUCGUAUGCCCCAGAGAGUGGUGUUAGAUAUGAUGGGAUUUACAGGAUUGAGAAAUGUUGGCGGAAGGUUGGGAUCCAGGGCUUCAAAGUUUGCCGGUACCUAUUUGUGAGAUGUGAUAAUGAACCUGCUCCAUGGACUAGUGAUCUGCAUGGUGAUCGUCCUAGGCAAUUGCCAUCCAUCAAAGAGCUUAAGGUGGCAACUGACAUCACAGAAAGGAAAGGAAGCCCUUCAUGGGACUGGGAGGAAGGGAAAGGUUGGUUUUGGAAGCAGCCUCCACCUCCAAGUAGGAGACAAUUGCAUGAUCAAAGUGGUGGAAACCAUAAAUCAAGGAAGGCACGCUCUGGCAAGAAAGUCACCUGGUUCCCUCCAGAAAUCCUCUGUUGUCUUUGCCGCAAGCUUAUGACUCUUCCAGUUACUACUUCUUGUGGCCAUAGUUUCUGUAAAGCCUGUCUGGAGGCGGCUUUUCCACCAAUCAGAGAGAGAAGUUCUGCUGGUGGCCGGAGCCUGAGAACACAGAAAGCCAUCAGAAAAUGUCCUACUUGUACACAAAAUAUUGAAGGAUUUUUUGAGAACCCCCAGGUUAACUUAGAUCUGCAAACAGCGAUUGAGAAAAUAAAAAAGGAUAUGGAGGACAAUAUGGUAGAAUCAAGUGAAGGUGAAGAUGCAGAAAAGGUGAUGGAUGGUGGAGAAAGUCCUGAACCUCUUUUAAAUUAUGAAUCUGAGGAAAACAUUGAUGCUCCAGCAGAAGCAAAGGAAGCUGAUGCUUCUGCUAAAGUUCACGAGGCCGUAACUGCAGAUAAAAGUAACCUAAAAAGAAAGGGACCUGCGCGUGCCAUUCCCACAAGGGCCCAAAGCAAGAGGUUGAAGGAAGGCAAAAUGGAAGAUCAAAAAGUGGAGGAUAGAUCUCCAUCUAGCCCACUGCUUAUUCAGUCUGACGGAGUUUUUGAGUAAUUUGAUGGCUUUUGCUCCAGUUUUUGAUGCUAGACCAUACACAAAAGAGUGAAAUUCCAAUCGUGGUUCUUUAUAAACUUGAAUGUAUUCAAUGUUACAUAUUGGCUUCGCUUUAAAUCAAAUUCCCAGAUGUAACCAAAGUAUUAUAUCUGUCAGUCGAACUCCAUACAUGCAGUCAGUGUAAGCGAUAUUUUGUCUGAACGCUGUUCUUUUAUGAAAUAUAAUCAUGAGUCCUUUAUUACUGUUGAAAUAUGAAAAAUUUGAUUAUAUUUCA